GUUGCCUUGUUCCGAAAUAAUGUAUGAAAAUAGUAUCUCGAGUUUCUAAAACUCAAGAUUUAAUUGGAACUCGAGUUUUAGAAACUCGAGUUAAGUGUUUUGUGCUAACCUUACCUGGACAAAGUUGCCAGGUGGAGCCACGUAGAUAUCGAGUUUAUAAGACUCGAGAUAUGCUGAAAUAAACCAAGUAUACAGCUCUUUCAACGGCUCAUUACAAAAUCUGAAUGUUUAAACACACAGUCACUCACACCCUUUUUCUCCGCCCUCUCAAACUCACUCACUCUCAAUCACUCACUCACUCACUCACUCAUUCAUAAAGCAAAUUCGUGGCCCAGUGCUGAAGCAAAUUCGUAGCCACUGUCACGAAGGUAGUCUCUCACCAUAUCGGAGCUCAUUGUCAACGGCGUUCGUAGCCCACCGUGCCGAAGUAUGGAGCCUCAGAUCGAUGAGGAGCUAGAGAUCUUGCACCCCGGUCCGCUUCAGAGGUCAUUGUUGACGCGACAACCAUAUCAUCAAUCAGAGGCCAUUUGGAAUGGCAAGGACCCAGGCCCACUUAUGUGCUGUGGUCGCACUAAGGAGAUGGCAAACGUUCAGAUGCAAGAUAAUCGGGUGAUUGACAUUAUCAAAUUGCUAAGGCUGGAAGGAUUGUUUAGAGCCCCUUUUAGAGAGAUAGAUCAUUGCCUAAUAUCGGCCCUAGUUGAGCGAUGGCGGCCGGAGACUCAUACGUUCCAUCUUCCACAUGGUGAGAUGUCAAUCACCCUACAAGAUGUGGAGGUGAUUUUCGGACUUCCUAUAGACGGUGAGGUCUUGGUUGGGCCGAUUGCUGUGGAGGAUGGGGAUUGGAAUCAAGUGUGUGGGGAGUUGCUUGGUUUUACUCCGCUGAAUGACAAUAAAACUUUGGUAGGGCAAAGAAUUCUCAUCAGCCGACUUGUUGAGGCCAUUGCAAUGCCACUGCCUCAUGACGCAACGGAGAUUCAGAUACACCAGUAUGCCCGGUGCUAUAUUUUAGCGCUAGUAGGGGAUAAACUUUUCAUGGACAAGUCAGGAGAUAGGGUGCAUCUGAUGUUCCUGGACUUCAUGCGCAACCUUCGUGAUCCGCGACAGUAUAGUUGGGGUAGUGGUUGCCUGCCUUGGUUGUAUAGGGAGUUGUGUCGGGCAAGCGAGAAACGGGCAUCGCAGAUUGGUGGGGCGUGCACCUUGGUCCAGUAUUGGGCAUGGGCAAAGUUGCCAUUCUUGUGCCCGAGGAUAGAGCCCCCACCUGGAUGUGAUUAUGGCCCAUGGCCAUAUGCUCCACUUGCAUUUAAGUGGGUGCGGGUGCCAAGCCCGAAGAGUAGGCCAUCCAGCACGGCCUUGGUCCACUAUCGCCAGCAAUUAGUGACAAUGCAGCCAGACUAGAUUGUGUGGCAGCCAUACGAGGCAGACUUCAGCCACCUUCCUGAGUUCUGCGUUGCAGGGAGGGAUACGUGGACAACAAGGGUACCGCUUGUGUGUUUUUGCAUAGUAGAGAGACACCACCCGGACCGUGUCCUUCAACAGUUUGGGUUGGCGUAGCAGCGGCCUGACGAUGUUGUCUACGAUGAUAGACUGCAUAAAAUAAACUUACAUGGGAAGGUGGAAAAGAAUUGGAGGGAGGAGCAUGGACCGUAUAUCAUUUCAUGGGAAAUGAGACGACAACAAGUUUGUCAUGCACCUCCUCAGAUUGGUGAGAUGCCCCGCGAUCAUGCCUAUUACCUCUGGUACCGUCCGGUCACUCAAAAGUAUGUCAACUGCAACAACGCUGAAUUAGAUAUAAUGAUUCAAAGUCAUUUAGCACUGUUGGAGAUGCUUCCUGAAGGCAGCCAAGCUCACAACCAUGUCCGGCGUGUCCUAAAUAAUGUGGCUGGCCUUGGUGGUGAUCCUGUAGCAAAUGGGCAGGCAAACAAUGGGCAUGAGACUGAACCAGCAGCUACUGCAACCCCAAGCACAAGCACAGCACCCAUAAGUACACGAACCUGUGGUCAGCAUGCUAUUGCAACCCCAAGCACAAGCGCAGCUAGGGGCCGUGGUCGGCCUGCUAUAGCAAGCCAUAGCAAGCCCAAGCACAAGUGCAGCCAGGGGCCGUGGUAUGCUUGCUACAGCAAGCCCAAGCACAAGUGCAGCUAGGGGCCGUGGUCGGCGUGCAACAACCCCUCAGGUUGUAACUAGUCCUGAGAUGCCUACACCCAUUCCGCAUUCAUCUCCUCAGCUUGAGGUCCCUCCACCCAUCCUAGAUGCAUCUCCUCAGCCCGAGGUCCCUUCACCCAGCCCACCUUCGCAGCCCAAUUUUGAUCUCAGUAUUGAUCAAAAUUUGACCCCUCCUAUACUCCCCGAGACACCCUCUUACCCACCCACCAGCUCUAUUGCACCCACUCCUGGCCUCUACGUAGAGCAUCAUUACCCACCUACCGCAUCCUCAUCUAACCCUCUAGGACCUCUAGUUGGGAUUGAAACUCUACAGCCACAUACUGAUAUACUGGACAAGUAUCCCCCUCAUCAUCCCUCACCCUCACGAGGUAGACCGCAGCGCACUAGAAGAGCACCCACUUGUGGGACAUGUGGACACAAAAUAGGACACCGAGGCAGUUCUAUGCACGAUGAUGAGGCUAAGGAUGAUGCCCCGCAGCCUCCUCCCUCUCCCAAACAUUACACGAGGGUUAAAAAACGCAAAAUUGGUGAACCUUGACCCACCUGGAUAACUCAAUGUCCACUACUAUUGCUUGAUACAAGAAUGCCGUAUGGAAGUUUGUUAGUUGGUUGCGAAGAGCAUUUAGAUCCAGCUGGCACAGCCUCAUUUUACAAUGAAGGGGAAGCUGAUAUUGUUGUGCAACAUGUCUUUUC